AUAAUGAAUGACCCCACUAUGUUGCAACAAAUGUCAAGCAACCCUAUGCUUUUAAACCGAGUUAUUGGUGCACAGAGUGGAGGUUUAAGAGCGGCACUUUUAGCGAAAAUGGCAGGCUAUGGUGGAGCUGCAGACGGAACAGCUUAUAACCCUCAAAGUCAAAUGAAUUUGAGUUCACUCAAAAAUCAAAUAACAGAUGUCAAAAAGUCAAACAUAGACAUACAGAAACAAAUAAAUGAAAAUGAAAAGAAACUAGAAUAUGACAGACACACAAAGAAACUCAAUGAGUUAAACGUAGAGAAAAAGAAGAAAGAAGAACAACUGAAAGAACUAAGUACAGAGGAAUAUGCGAAAAAAGUGUCAGAAAAAGCAGCAGAAGUAGCAAAAAUGGAACAAGAUGUUAUAAAUUUGAAAAACCAUACUACUCAAUAUAAAGUACUGAAAGAUGAAGAGAUAAAACAAAAAGCCAUGAAGACAUAUAUGGAUAGCGAUGAGUAUAAAAAAGAAGUUGAAGCAAAUGUAAAGGCAGAAAAACUUUUACAGUUGCAAAACCAAACCGUACAGUAUGAAAACUUAGCACAAGAAAGUAAAAAUAACGACGCAGCCAUGCAAAAGGCAAUGAAAAGCGCAGAAUAUAUAAAAGCUAAUAAUGACUGGUUAGAUGCCCAAGCCAACGCCAAAGCAGCCCAACUUAUAGGGUCAAUAAGGACAAAAAUACAAGCGGAUGAAGACAGUUCAAAUGAAGCUUUAAUGAAUGCUGACUUUAAGAAUGCCUUCGAAGCUCUUCAUAGUAAGGUGAAACUAGUGAACGACUUCUCAUCUGGAAAGAAACUGAAGUCUGAAGGUUUCGACAAAGAGUUAAGAGAAGUAGCACAAAAUAUGACGAAAAUAACAGAUGCAGCAACGAGACAGGCAGUUCAAAGUGCCUAUGACGCCGUUAGAGCAGCUGUUGUGGAAAGUCAAGAAAAAGAGUUACAACAGACCAAAACAGACCUAGUAAAUGCUUUCUUAAAAACGAAAAGUCAAGUAGGACAUUAUGCUGCAGAUGGAACAUAUGUGCCAGCUGGUGGAACUUAUAUACUAGCUAGUGGAACCUAUAUACCACCAAACCCUCCAAGAGAAGCACCUGCACC